UAUAUAUAUAUACAUACACACACACGAAAGAAAGUAAGUCUCCCACUCUUUAUAUUGUUCAGACCCUCCUUACGUACCCAAGAUAUAAGUAGCCAAAAGAUGUAUACGUGUCAAAGCUACACAGUAUCAUUCGAGUAUCGACUCUCGAAAUAACCGGUUCGAACAUUGCUCUCGCGUUAAAAGUUGAACAAAACAGUUCUCACGUCACACAGUGAAUAAAAUGUCGCAUGUUAAAGAUUUUCAAGAAUGGAUAAAAGAAGUAAUGUCAACAAUUAUUAAAAAUCUCGGAUCAAACGUCGAUGAAGCUCGAUACGAAUUAUGCGAAAGCACCGAUUAUUAUUUUAUGUCUAUGCAAUAUCAUAUAAACAUGAAAUUCAAGAAUAAGAAUGGUGAGAGUGAGGAACUUUCUAUAAUACUGAAAAGACCUACGCAGUUGGAAAGCGUCAGAUUGAUGUGUCGCAUCGAUUAUCAAUUCCACAACGAGAUCCUGUUUUACCAGAUGUACACUCAGCCUGGUGAGAAUUUUGCGAAAUGCUUCUACGCCAAUGAACGACCGCCCAUUGAUUCGGUGAUCGCUCUGGAGAACGUCAAUGGACGAGGAUAUUAUUCUUGUCCGUAUAAGUACGAUCCUCCUCUGGAAUAUACAUUAGCGGCGUUUCGUGAGAUGGGAAGAUUCCAUGGUAAAGGAUAUGUUAUGAAGGAGCAACAGCGCGAGAAGUUCUUCAAUAUUGUGAAACAAUGUCAAGAAACUAGGUGGCACCCGACAUAUGAUGAUGACAAAAAUUAUAUCGAUACAAUUGCAACGCGAGCGGUAGAAUAUCUUCGCAAUCAUGGUCACGAUGUAACUUUCUGCGAUAAAACGGAAGCCUUACUCUCGAAAGCGUUUGACAAUGUGAUGAUGAAGGCGGUGGAGCCGCGAGAGCCACUGUCCACGUUGUGUCACGGCGACUUUACAUUGAGCAAUACUCUCUUCAAGACGGAGAACAAUGGACAAUACCGAGCGAUGCUGAUCGACUUCGCGCUUCUUAGAUAUUCGACUCCGGUGGUUGAUCUUUCCACGUAUCUUUGUCUGUGCUGCUCGAAUGAAAUUAGAAAAGACAAAUUCUUCGAGAUAAUGCGAGUCUAUCACGAUGCGUUGAAAGAAUAUCUGCUGGAAGCUGGCAUUUCGGACAUCGAUAAAUACUCAUACGACGCUUUGGUAGACGAUUACAAGAGAGGUGGUCUCUUCGGUUUCAUCAUCGCAUCUUUCUUUUUAGCGGUGUUAAAGGGAUACUGCGAUAGAGAUCCUCAACAAGUAGUAUGCAUGGAGUAUGUGGAGAGAGCGAAAUUGACGAAACAGUUCGGCGGAGACGAAAUAUCCAAGAUACUAGCUGACAUGUUAUUGCAUCUGAAGGAUCUUGGUUGUUUAAAAUAUUUUUGAAAGCAAUGUAAUAUUCCGAGUUGCGUAUAUGCAUAGAUUAUAAUCAAUCAAUAAUUAUGAACUAUGAGGUAAAAAAAAGUACGAGUGCUUAGUUAGGUAUCAGGAACGUUCAACGUACAAUAAAAGACAAAGACAUUCUGCGUAUAAAUCUUAAAUAAAUGAAUAUAAACUGUUACUGAUAAACAAGUUCAUAUAGAUUUAAUUCAUAUAUAGGUUAUAUAGAUACGAAAUACUAACAUAGCUAAUUCAUUUGUAAUCAUUGUAACAAUCUUCUUGUGAAGUAAUUUAUCCAACCUUAAAAAGAUAAGAGCGAUAGAACUUACUUAAAAGAAUGUAAAAACAUUGUUCAUAAGUAAUGUAAUUUUUGUAACUUCUCUUCAAGAAACAAAA